AAUAAGAAGUGAGUGGAGGCCACAAGUCGCGUGCUGGUGUGGUGGGGGCGCGCACACGCAGGCCUCACGCACACGGCCAUCACGCAGCAUCAUCAAGGUGCACGGCGCCGCCGCGUCUGUCCGUAGCGCCACGUCUCAAGUCACUGUGGACUUGCAGGGGCGACGUCAACAUCGUCGCGGCAGACGACGGCAGCGUUACUCUAGCGGCGCCGCCGGCGGCGGCGGCAGUGCUGCCAACGGCAGAGGACCCAUCGUGACGGGCGCCCACCAGCGUCUCAAAAGACUCGGAGUCGUGGCCGAACGCUCAAAGUCGCUGGAUCGCAGUCAACCGCAUCGACGGCCAAUUGUCCACAAACAUCCGCAAUUGGAAGCCAAUCGGGUUGAGCCACCGACGACGACGACGACGACGGAUCUCUGCUGCCACCAGCGGCUCUCAUCGCAUCCGGCGGAUUUGCAGUCGAGUGAAAACAGUCGAGCUCACCCACCCAUCGGAGGAGCAUCCGCAUUCGGCGGAGGAUUACGAAUCAACAGCUCCUAUUGGGUGGUGUUCAAUACGUGUUGCGCCCAAUUAGUGGCCUCCGGAUUCAGUUUGAACGUUCAAACGAGUAGUGCUGCUGCUGGUGGUGGUGGUGGUGGUGCAACAGCAAGCGCAAGUUCUUCCUUCGGCGCCAGCAGUCGAGAUCCGGACGACAACAUUCCAGAAUAUUAUCCGCGCCCUUUUGAGCCGCAAUACCGCGACGGCCCAGGAGUGGCCAGGACGGGCCAAGACUCUGACGCCGACGCCGAGGACGAGCCAGAGUCUGAAGAAAUUGAAACGGAGAGCGAAACGGAAGACGUGGAGGAAUUGAUUUCGUCGAGUCAGCACAGUCUGAGCAGUUCGCCGCCUUGCCCGAGCAUCACGCCGCCGCCUUUGCCGCCGCUCUUCGUCUCCUUUCCAUCGUCCACGACGUCGUUCGAUCCACCUCCUCACAUGCGGAGGUGUCGCGAUUCCGAUUCCGACUCGCCACCCAGCGCUUCUUCCCAUCACAUCGCCAGCCCCAACGCUGCCAGCGCGGCUGCUGCGGCGGCCACCGUCGCAGCCACAGCCGCCGCUGCCGCCGCCCGGUCCGGCAACCUCGCUCCAGUCCUGACUGCCAGCCGGACCGGGGCUGCAGGAGCUGGCGCCGCCUGGUACGCCACCGACACGGUUCAGCUAACGACGUUCCGGCCGUUGGCAUCGGCAGCGAAUAAGCCCGUCACAUGUGCCGGCGCUAACACGAUCUCGGGUGGCGGCACUCCCAAACCCAAGAGCCGGACCCUCGAUUCGUCCGACACGUCCGACUAUGAGAAUCUGAGCUCGUGCACGUCGGGCCGCUAUGCGACCCUGCCGCCUCAGCCGCAGUUUGGCGAAGGUGCCAAAGGCAAUAACGGACAAUAUCGUGAUCACUACUCGACGGCCACGACGGCGUCGGCGGGUGUCCUCUUUCGGCCGGCAGGUGGAGCGGUCGGAUCGUUUGCUGACAAUGCCAACGAACAAUUUCCAUCCGGAGAUCCGCCUCACACCUUGUCUCUCCAUCGACCCAUCAAACGUUCGCACUGGUUGAAUCACAACGGCCGCCAGUCGGAUGUUCUGGCCCGCGUCUUCCAAGCCAAUCAGGACUGGCUGGAAUCGAAUGACGGACAGGACACUGUUGCCACCACCACGUCAUCGGCGGGCAACAUCACCAUCAAAGAUGCCCGUUCGUCUCAUCGGACCAGCCAACACGCAGGAGAUGGUGGAAGAAGUUUGCCUCCGCCUGGUGGAGUUUUCCAAUUGCCACCCGUGAUGGGAACGCUGCAACGUUUCGAUCAAGGAUCCGGCGAAAUGCGGCAGUUAACGGGACCCGUCUUGGCCCCCAAUUCAUCCGGCAGUUCCCUUCUGAUGAACGCCCCUCUAGGCGGAGUUUCGACCUCGUUACUGCUGCCGCAACAGCAGCAGCAGCAACAGCAACAACUGCUGCCUCUCAUGUCUUUCGGGCCGCCAUUCCUGAUGCAGCCGACGGCUCCUUCGGCCAUGCCGCUGCCGGCCAGCGUCAGCAAUAGCCUAGCCCACCUCCAGCAGCAACAUCAUCAUCAUCAGCAGCACCAGCAACAGCAGCAGCAAGUUCAAUUACAGCAGCGCGACGGCAAUCACACUAAUCACGGCGGCCAUACGCACGCCAUUCAACUCCAAACUUCCUUGGAAAUGGCACCCGUCGUUUGCCCCGCCCUCUGCGAGAUCCGCACGCAGUUGCAGGAGUUGACUCGAUCCGUCGAGUCUUGUCAAAAUGAGGUGAGCGACAUGAAACGUGACAUGUCGACCAUGCGACACGACGUGGAAUCGGUCCACCACGUCAAGGAGGACAUUGACGAUCUGCGCGAUUGCAUCGACAAAUUACAAGAGCAGAAUCGGCGUAGGAAACUCAGACUGCUCGAACAGGGCCUGACGGGGUUCCUCAUCUAUGCCAUAUUUGCGGCCGUGCUGGGAAUGCUUCAGUUCGGCUACAAUACGGGAGUCAUCAACGCACCACAAGGGGUGAUUGAAAGCUUCAUCAAGUCAGCCUACUACAGCCGAUAUGGAGUGGAAAUAGCCGAUGGUUGGGAGAAAAUCAUCUUUUCUAUCGCUGUUUCCAUUUUCGCUAUCGGUGGGAUGAUUGGUGGCUUUGGUGGUGGCUUCGUCGCCAAUAAGUUUGGCAGGAAACGUGGUCUGCUGCUAAAUAAUGCAACUGGUAUUCUCGGAGCUAUUCUGAUGGCCUUCUCCAAAGCUGCCCAGUCAUAUGAAAUGCUCAUUAUAGGAAGAAUGAUCAUCGGAUUCAAUUGUGGAUUGAAUACGUCAUUGGUGCCCAUGUACAUUUCUGAAAUCGCUCCAUUGAACUUACGUGGCGGUUUGGGGACGGUCAACCAAUUGGGAGUCACCGUUGGCAUUCUUUUCUCUCAGAUUUUAGGCAUCCAAGAAAUUCUUGGCACGGAGAGCGGAUGGCCUCUUCUCCUAGGUUUAGCCAUUUGCCCAGCAAUUCUGCAGUUGAUUCUGUUUUCCUUCUGUCCUGAAUCUCCGCGUUACCUACUCAUAACAGCCAAUCGCGAAGAAGAAGCCAGAACUGCGAUGAAACGAUUGCGAGCGUCUAGCCAAAUUGAGGAAGACAUGGAAGAAAUGAGAGUCGAGGCCCAACAAUCUGAGGCCCACAUGGGGAUGUUGGAGCUGCUCAAAUCACGCGCCUUGCUCAUGCCGCUCGGCAUUGCCAUUGUCAUGCAACUUUCGCAGCAGUUGUCGGGAAUCAACGCCGUGUUGUACUAUUCCACUGAACUUUUUAUCGGAGCAGGCCUUGCUAGUGAAUCUGCUAAAUAUGCCACUAUUGGUGUGGGUGCCAUCAUGGUGGGCAUGACUCUUGUGUCCAUUCCUCUGAUGGAUCGCGCUGGCCGACGCACCCUUCACUUAUGGGGACUUGGAGGCAUGUUUAUUUUCAGCAUAUUCAUCACCAUUUCCUUGCUCGUAAUGGAACUUAUCGAAUGGGUUCGCUACGUAGCCGUUGUUGCCACACUCACAUUUGUAUUGUUUUUCGCCGUUGGACCCGGCUCCAUUCCAUGGAUGAUUACAGCCGAGCUAUUCAGUCAAGGACCAAGACCAGCCGCAAUGUCCAUCGCCGUACUUGUCAACUGGUUGGCAAAUUUUCUUGUCGGUCUCUUCUUCUUACCUCUCAAAGCGAUGCUGCACAACUACAUUUUCUUGCCAUUCAGCGUAUUGUUAGCAUUUUUCUGGAUUUUCACUUACAAAAUCGUUCCAGAGACGAAAAACAAAACUUUUGACGAAAUCUCGGCAUUAUUUCGCCGCAAUGAUAGAGAGGAAUUCGCAACACAGAAUUGUAUUCUGACAUCCAGUGGUGCCGGGUCUAGCACUCUUGCCGUACCCGCGCCAUCCAGUACUCCGGCACACACAGAGAGCACGGCUCUCCUGGCUGACAUACGAACCAUCAAAAUCAACGCUUCGUAGUCGAAUCGAAAUCCGUUUUGCCAUCUUUCUUUUCCAUCAUUAUCUCUAUUUCUCUCUUGCAUCUCCUUGCCCUCUUCUUCCCCUUUUCCUCAUCUCUCCUGUUCUCGUUCAAUUAUCGUGUCAAGGGCGUGGCUUCCAACAUCAGCAUAGUAGCCUUUAUGUUCGACACACGAAAGAAAAAUCGGCUCAAUAACUUGGAAGCACGACUCCUCUCUGAUGAUUACACUAUUACAUUCAAAAUUUGAAACAAACGAAAGCGAAAUGAUGAACAAGAAAAACUAAAGAAACAAAAAUAAUAAAAAACAAAACAAAAAAAAAAACAAAAAAAAAACAAGUUUAUUUCAGAUUACAUAUGAAAAUGUUGUGAGCCAAGUUUUUGGGUAAAAUCGGUGAAAAGAAAAUGGAGGGAAAAAGACAUUUUUCAUUUUGUAUAAUAUGCGUGCCAGCAUGCAUGGAUUUUCUAAAAAAAAAGUGUUGUGGAAUAUGACCAUAUUGUGUUGUUACAGUGGUGGUUUCGUUCAUUUCUUUCUGUUGUUAAAUCGUUAAAUAUUCAGCCAGUGUGGAAGCAAUGUCUACUGUGCGGUAUUCGACAUGUGACAGUUCCUGAUUGCAUCCUUAUUUUGCGGGACAACAUUGUUUCGUUUCUUCGUGCAUACAUUACGCGUAUGCAUACAGUACAUACGCUUCAACAUUCCUUUUGAUGCUUGUAAAGACUCUUUAAUGUAUAAGCAACAGAACAUAAAAAUAGUGACAGCUCAUUCAAUGCUGAAGGAAUCUUGGGAAAACAUUGAUAAUGAAAGGGACACGAACACGCAGUUUUACACUCAUUAUGUUAGCCCCUAAACGGCUAAGACGAAUAAAGUAAAAACUAAUACAAACAUAUUGAAAGACCUUGA